AUGACGACGCCCGCAAUUCGAAUCCCCUUCACGGGCCCAUUACCUCCAGCCAUCGUCGUUCCACCAGCUGCCAGGACGAUUGCGGGGGCGAUCGACGCCGUGAACGCCUUCUUCACGGCGCCACCAUCCCUGCAUCUCCGGGGCAUCGAUGUGGGUAGAAACACCCAGACGGUCCUCUUGACCGGCGCAGGUAUCUCCGUCGCUUCAGGCCUGUCCGACUACCGCGGGGACCAGGGGACCUACCGCCGAAACAAAUCCUACCGGCCGAUCUAUUUCCACGAAUUCGCGACGCGCCAUGAGUCGCGCAAGCGAUAUUGGGCUCGGAGCUUCGUGGGCUGGCCGGGGCUCGUGAAAGCAAAGCCCAAUUCCACGCAUUGGGCGAUUCGAGAUCUCGGAGCCAAGGAGUAUAUCAGCUCUGUUGUGACGCAGAAUGUCGAUUCGUUCCACUCACUAGCCCACCCGGAACUGUCUACGCUUGAAUUACAUGGAUAUCUACGGUCCGUGGUCUGUACCAGUUGUCGCAAUCAGUUCUCGCGACAGGAGUUCCAGGACUCCUUGGAGCGGCUCAACCCGGCUUGGGCCGAGUUUCUGGCUCGUAUGGUCGCCGCCGGUGCUCUCGAUACCGAUAAUCCAGAGGAACAACGAAGAAAGGGAUUGAAACUCAAUCCCGACGGCGAUGUCGACCUGGCGGAGGCUCCAUACUCGACAUUUCGAUAUCCGUCAUGUCCAACAUGCUUGGAAACUCCUCCCACCUUAAAAGACGGGACACCCGCCCGAGUCGAGGUCGAAAGCGACGGCGCAUGGUUGCCGACUUCCACUGCAGGUAUCCUGAAGCCAGCAGUGAUCAUGUUUGGCGAGAAUAUCGACCCCGCGGUGAAGACCGCAGCGGAAGAGGCCAUCGAUGAUGCUGGGCGCUUGCUGGUGCUGGGUAGUAGUCUCGCCACCUAUUCGGCCUGGCGACUUGUGGAACGAGCCUAUAAACGAGGCAUGCCCAUCGGUGUCAUCAACGUCGGGGGCGUGCGCAAUGAGGCCCUUCUCUUUGGCCAACUGAGCUUGGGCCUAGACAGGAACUUUGGUGCUCAUGUUCGCUGCAGCCAUCCCGCCCAGGCCAUCCUCCCGACCGUAGUCUCGGGCCUACCCAUGAAUCACUUGUAA